AGGAGCGUUAUAACACCGCCUGAAGGACGCAGAGCUGCGUCUCGGAACCGGGCUGAGAAACCAAAUCCAGUCGGUACCGGUCCUGGGUGGAGAUUUAACAUCCCGGAUGUGGGGAAAGAGCGUCCUGUAGUUCUACGUCGGGUAUCAGAAGCCGUCAUACAUAUACAUGCGUAACCUACGUAUUUAAAUAUGAUGUAGCCGAUACGCACUGGCUGGACAGGCGGUGAAGCGAGGUCGCAGACGGACUGUGCGUAAUGCUGAGUGGACAGCAGUAUUUCUCGCUGUAUAUUCCAGCCUAGACGGGCUAUUGACAAAGAGAUUCGCACUUCUCCUGCAGUGCAGCUCGUCAUUAUAACCAAAUGCUCUCCGCCGGACCGGACCCGUUCAGUUUCAUGCCGUCCAACCAGACCAGAGCCUGAGCCCAAAGGAUGCAGGUUAAAAACCAGAUCUGCACAGAGCGGAGCAGCACCGACGACCCGGAGCAGGAUGACAACCAGAAGAAGACCUCGUGUUUUUCCAACAUUAAGAUUUUCUUGGUGUCGGAAUGUGCGCUCAUGUUGGCACAGGGCACCGUGGGCGCCUAUCUGGUAAGUGUUCUGACCACUCUGGAGAGACGCUUCAACCUCCAGAGUGCCGAUGUGGGCGUCAUUGCUAGCAGCUUUGAGAUCGGCAACCUGGCCCUCAUCCUGUUUGUCAGUUACUUUGGCGCCAAGGCCCACAGACCCCGCCUGAUUGGCUGUGGCGGGAUCGUCAUGGCGUUGGGGGCAUUGCUGUCAGCCCUGCCGGAGUUCCUGACUCAUCAGUAUGAGUACGAGGCCGGGGACUCGUGGCACGCUGAGGACGGCAGGGACGUCUGCUCCAACAACUCCAGGUCAGAGAACCGAGACUCUGGGUUUAAAUGUGGCAACAGAGCCAACACCAACAUGAUGUACCUUCUGCUGAUCGGAGCCCAGGUUCUGCUGGGCAUCGGCGCCACACCUGUCCAGCCUCUGGGUGUGUCUUACAUCGACGACCAUGUCCACAGGAAGGACUCCUCGCUGUACAUAGGUAUUUUAUUUUCAACAUUAGUGUUUGGCCCAGCCUGUGGCUUCAUCUUAGGUUCUGUCUGUACCAAAGUCUAUGUUGAUGCUGUCUUCAUCGACACCAGUAAGCUGGACAUCACCCCAGAUGACCCUCGCUGGAUCGGGGCGUGGUGGGGCGGCUUCCUCCUCUGCGGUGCCUUACUCUUCCUGUCGGCCCUCUUCAUGUUUGGCUUCCCACAGGCCCUGGACGAGCAGGACAUGGAUGGCGGAGGGGAGAGUGAGCAGGCCAUGCUGCCUUCUUCCCUGACCUUGGAGUACCAGGGCUCUAAACCCAACGGGGCCAUUCAUGGCUUCGAUAUAAACAGCGGACUCUCAGUUUGUGAACACCUGAGAGUAAUCCCCCGGGUAACCAGGCACCUUCUCUCUAAUCCGGUGUUCAGCUGCAUCACGCUGGCAGCCUGCAUGGAGAUCGCUGUGGUUGCUGGCUUUGCUGCCUUCCUGGGAAAAUACCUGGAACAGCAGUUCAACCUUACCACCUCCUCAGCUAAUCAGCUGCUAGGUAUGACGGCCAUCCCCUGUGCCUGUCUGGGUAUCUUCCUCGGGGGUCUGCUGGUGAAGAAGCUGAACCUGUCAGCUCUGGGCGCUGUCCGCAUGGCCAUGCUGGUCAACCUGGUGUCCACUGCAUGCUACGUCUCUUUUCUCUUCUUGGGCUGUGACACUGGACCUGUUGCUGGGGUAACAGUUGCCUACAGCAACGAGACGCUGCAGUCCUGGCAGCGACCUGAGUCAGCGUGCAUCAAUAACUGUAACUGCUACACAGCAUCAGUGAGCCCUGUCUGUGGUUCCAACGGAGUCACCUACCUCUCAGCCUGCUUCGCUGGCUGCACCAAACCAAACCUGACCAGCUGUACGUGUAUAUCCAGCAACAGUGAAGAUGCGGUGGCUUUACCAGGGAAGUGCCCCAGUCCAGGCUGUCAGCAGGCCUUCCUCACCUUCCUAUGUGUUAUCUGUGUGUGCAGCAUGAUCGGAGCUAUGGCCCAGACACCUUCUGUCAUCAUCCUCAUCAGAACUGUAAGUCCAGAGCUUAAAUCUUACGCCCUUGGAGUCCUGUUCCUGCUCUUGAGACUGAUAGGCUUCAUCCCUCCCCCUCUGAUCUUCGGCAUGGGCAUCGAUUCCACCUGUCUGUUCUGGAGCACUGUCUGCGGUGAGAAAGGAGCCUGCAUGCUGUAUGACAACGUGGCCUACAGGCACCUGUACGUCAGCAUCGCCAUCGUCCUCAAGUCGUCAGCCUUCAUCCUCUACACCACCACGUGGCAGUGUUUGAGAAAGAACUACAGGAAAUACAUCAAGAACAGCGAGGGUUACCUCACACCCACCGAACUCUUUGCCUCCAAUGUGACUCUGGACAAUUUGGGCAAAGAGAUCACCCAGAACCCAGCCAACAGGACAAAGUUCAUAUACAACCUGGAGGACCACGAGAUGUGCGACAACAUGGAGUCAGUUUUAUAGUGGUGGUCUGCAUUGGGACUGCCGACUGGAGCUGAGGCUGUUAAUGUGCAACUGAUCUGAUGUCUCUUUGGUAUCGUAUCAGUUUAGAAGAAUGUUCUCAGUAAGAGUUUUAUCUUCUUUCACCCAAACAUCAAACAUAACGAUAAAAAUGAAGAAAAGUUUCACAAAAUGAUCCAUAUCCAUAUCACACUUAAUGUUUUUUUUUUACUGAAUUACAGAUGAUCUGGUCCAGAAAAAAAUCAUAAGCGUAUUUAAAAACAUUUCUUUGGGUUAUUUUUUUAAUUUGACAGCAGAAUAGAGAUUGACAGUAAACAUCAGGAAAGAAAGGAGGAAUAAAAUGCAACAAGUGUCCCCAGCUAAAUGUGACCAUUGCAUUGAAUACGUCAUACUACUAAUCCACCAGGAUGCCCCUGGAUUAAGUUCAUCUUCAUUAUCAGUUUAGUUACAUUCACACUCAUGGUAAGUUUAGAUUAAUUAUGAGGCCAGAGCUCUUUGAGAAGCAGAAAUCUAAACAUUUUGGUUCUUCAUUAGCUUUAUUAGACAGUUUAUUUUCCUUUAGAAGGAAGUAAUUCUCAGGUCCAGAUGUCAGAUCGAAAAGAUGACAGUUAACAUGGUUGUUCAUCAUUAGAUGAUGCAUAUUUUAGCUCAUGGUUGGAGCACUUUUGCAGACAUACAAGACAUACAGUCGUAACUACUAGGCAACCCUUCUACAGAGUUAAUAACAGACUUGUGUGUUCCCUCAAUCAGAUUUAUUUAAAAUAAUAAUAAUAAAUUUAACAUAAUAAACAGAGGAAAAAGAGAGAUGCAUUGACUACAGAGGCCAAACAAAUAGGAAUACAGGCAUAAUCAACACCACAGAGGCCACAACUCUAUUUGCUGGUUAUAUGGCUAAAGCCUUUGAGGUCAAGGGACAGGACAGAGACAAAAUAUCUGUACAGAAAAAAAUAAAUAAAACCAAAUUAAUUAAUGUCUAACCUAUUACACAAUAACUGCACUUUGUGAGAGUAGAGGUUGCUGUGCCUCAAAGGGUGGAUAUCACAUUUUGGAACCAAACUCUUCAGUUUGAGUUGUUGCACGUAUUUUAAAAACUAAGGAAGAGGGUCUUUCUCAGUGGCUUUCAGUGUCAUUUGCCGUUCUUGUAAUAGAAGGCGUUUUAGGACAUUUGUUGACGGUAGUAGUGUUGAGCUAGUAUGUAAUAAUUAUCCCUUUACUGUGUCAUAGUGUGGAGUUUUGUUACGAAUGCUGGACGAGAUUCUGAGACAAAUUUUCUGUUUCAGAGCCACAGAAAUCUUUGUGUUUGUUUUACAUCACGACACCGUUUUGUUGAUAUUCAGUCUUUUUUCUGUUUGACAUAUAUAAAAUAGAAAUUAGGUGCAACUUCCAAAAAAAAAAAGAAAAGUCCUUCUAGGUGUUUAGCUGAUGAUCUUACCAAACGCAACAGACGACAUGCGAGGAUAUAGGAGUUAGAUGGCCCACCUUUGAAUGGAUGGACACUGAUUCUGUAACUGAAUCUGUGACAUUUCAGUUACAUGACUAUCUCUCUAACCACUGAUUUGACCGUACCACCAUUGUAGGAACAAUGAUGUCAAUGCGUAUCUAGACAGAAACACAGUUUGACUUGGUGGUGUAAUUCUACUCUUGGGGAUGCCCCCUGCAGCAGUAAUGCAUGGAAUACAUAGCAACAUGAUAAAUAACAAGCAAGGAACGUUGCAAAUAAGACUCUCCAGGGUACAUAUGUGUGUAGUAGAGCCGAAGAAGGUGGAGGCUGUGGGGGAGGAGGAGGCCUUCGCUAAUAGAAUCAGUAACGGUAACAAAGCUCACGUGAGCCGACAGAUUGAGAGUGUGAAAGCAUUUAAAGUAGAACGCCAAGUCAAGGCAGUGAGACGUGAUGAUUGCGGUGGGCUAGCUGUCAGCAGACACAGCAUAGCAUGACGCACAGUGUCCAGCCAGAAUUAGUUAAUUUAAAAGCAUGCUGGUAAUGCAUGCAAUAAUAAAAUAAAUAUUCAGUAUGUCACUAAGCUGCACAGACUCUGUGGUUUGGUGGCCAUGGUAAUGGUUAAAAUACACAUUUAACUCGAAUGGCCUCCAAAUUCUGUUUUAGACCAUGGAAAAGCUUUAUAAUGCAUACUGCAUUGUGAUGUUGACAAUUUUUAGCAAACCUCAGCUGACUCAUAAUCACUCACACUGCAGUGAUUGUCUAAACACAGAUGUUCGGGUUUCUUUCAAAUAUAUUUUUUUUCUUUUUAGGAAUUCUAUGGGAUUCUGAUUUCUGACAUAUCCAGUUUAUAUAGAGAAUAUAUUGUUUUUUUUCCUGGCUUACUUUGUAAGUAUUUAAUAUGUUUUGCAUCAAAAAUAUGGACCUUUGUCCAGCCACUCACCAUCGCAAUAGAUUUCCAAAAUGUGUAAUCCCUUUGAUGUUUAGAGGUGGGGGGGUUAAAGGAGUAGUUUGACAUUUUUGGAAAUAAAAUUAUUCACUUUCUUGUCAAUAGUUGGACAAAAAGACCGAUACCAAACUCAUGUUUUUAUGGAAAAUAUGAAGCUAGAGCCAGCAGCCAGUUAGUAUAGCUUAGCAUCAAGCCUGGAAACAGGGCAAAGCAGUCCGUCUGGCACCUAUCAACACCUCUAAAGCUAAUUAAUUAACAUUUUACAUCUUGUUUUAUUUAACCCCAACAAAAACCAAAGUGUAAAAACAAGUUGCUGCCUGGCAACCUCACAGUGACGACAAGAUUUCAGGAAGUCACUGCAACCCGCCAUCAAAAGAGUCCUGCACAUAACCUCCCGUAAAAACUAAACUUGUCUAUUUCACACUUGGUUUUCCUAUGGGUUAAACUAACAUGAUAUAGGUUAGCUUUAGAAGAGCUCGCAGAUCGAUUAUGUUAUCGGAGCCAGGCAUCUUUGCUCUAAAUUGAGCUGACAAGCUGCUGGUUGUAGCUGCAUAUUCAUCAUACAGACAUGAGAGUGGUAUCAGUCAUAUAUUAUUAUUGUCAAGAAAGCAAAUAGGUUCCAUGAUUCAGUUUAAUUUUAUGCUGCCACUCAUAUUGUAUGAGUAUUUUAUUUGUUUAUUUUUGCAAAUGGUGGAAAUAAUUUAGAUCCACUCUACUCAUAUAUGAUGUAUUUAGUUUAGCACUUCAAUGAAAUAAAAUUAUAAGAUUUAAACUAUAGAUUGAUGGUGCUUCAGCAUCAUAAAAAAUAAAAUAAAAAGAAUAUUAUAUCAAAGGGAGAAAACAGAUAGUUGUUAGAGAAUGUUGGAGAUCAACAAUGGACCUACAUUCAACACAGAGCCAUGCCAUGCCAAACCAGACCAGACUAAACUAAUGUCUGCUUGGUUUGAUGUGAACUAUAAGAGUAUGAAUACACAAUUUUUGGGCACUGAUUAGUGUUUGUGAUGGUUUCCAAGCUCCAAAUUUGUCCCUGAUGGGAGGAUUGGCUCCUAGCAGGAUACUGAGGACAGCCGGACAUUAUGCUGAGCUGUACAAACUAUUAAAAAAAAAAAAAAAAAAAAAAAAAAA